AAUUAUCAUCAUCAUUCGAGUUAAUACAUCAUUCAUCAUCUCUGCAACUAAUAUAGUUAGCUUACAACAAACCCUUAACAUAAAUAUUAAAUACAUACCAAUACCAUUCAUAGUUUGAGGUGGCUGUCAUGGUAUUGUACGUAAUCCUAAAGUAUAAUAGCUGUCCAAAAUGUUUUGGUUUAGUAAAUAGGCAGACCCAUUUAAUUUUUGACCCAUAAUGUUUUGGUUUGUUGUGCACGUGGAAAUAAAAUAGAGAAUCACGAAAGUUUGGUUUGGUUGGUUGCAUGGAAGUAUAAAUAAUUUUGUAUAUUAGAUGUAUAAUUAAUUGGUUUCAUUGGUUAGCAGUGUUGAAACCGAACCAAACCACCUAAACCAAAUAAGCUAAAUUGUUUAACCAAACCAAACCAAUUAUCCAAAUUAACAAAAACAAAUUAACUUAAUGCUACCAGUUAAUAUGGUUACCACGGUAACCAAUCCGUUUGAACACCCCUAGUAACAAUGGUAUGUCGAGGCUUAGGCACGAGAAAGAGGUUACUAAAGAGUAUUUUGAGCUCCUAAAAUUGGCGACUAAUUCGAGAAAGCCGACUUGCUAAGGUGAGUGUAAAGGGGGUAAAAUCUCCGUCGAGGUCUUUUAGUUUAUGUCUUUUAAUUCAGUUAUGUUUGUUAUUUUUCAAGUAAGCGCGAUAAUGUGUGUGAGGCAUCCCACCGCCUACUUAAGGUGGAGGCACGCGUUGUGCUUGUGUAUGUAUGAAUGUAUGGUUGAUAGUAUGAGGAACCCCCGGGCGGUUGGGCCACUACUGGACGCGGUAGAUGGUCGGAUCACUGCUGGACGGCGAGACGUAACGCAGCAGUUGAUCGAGUAUAUUGGGGUCACUACUGGACGGCGAGACGUAACGCAGUGCCAUUACCGAGUUGGGUAUGCAACCGAACGGCGAGACGUAACGCAGUUGCCAUACUAGGGUAGGACACCAGACGGCGAGACGUAACGCGGUGGUCCUAGUGUUUUGUGUUGAGUUAAGGAGAAAAGGCGAGAACUUCUAUGAGUUGAUGUUGAAAUAAGAUAUUAAGGAAGCAAAGUAUGAAGGAUGAAAGUGAGAACGACUUUCAUCUAAGGGAAUGAAACGCUAAUAACGUGUUUUAGUAAGGAGAUUCCUUAGGCAAAGACCUUAGGAAGUAAACUGGCUUUCCGACCCUAUCAGACUUGCUCCGACGAGACUGACCCCUUCUCACUCACCAGGUUGAGGAUGGGUUAGCAGUGGUGGACGCCAAGAAGGAGCAAAGCUAGGCGAGCAGCCGAACCAGCACUAAUGAGAAGUCAAUGAGCUUGUGAGGAGUCAAGUUAGAUGAGUUAAUUAUUUUGUUCAUGAUUAUGAGUUUAUGUACUGGAGAUUCAAGGUUCAGGAUUAUGGGUCAAGUUGUUUUAAGUAUUUUGAUAUUGAUUGCCCAAAUUUUGGGGCUUUUAGUUUGAAAUUUUUAAAUAAUGACGGCUUGUUGAUUUAAAAAAAAUGGUUUGGUUGCUCCGGAGUAACCGGUUUUGGGUUUGAGUUGUGGUUUGAUUUUCGAAAAAGGUCGGGAUGUUUCAGGGUUACCGUUUUUAACCACGACCUCGACCGGCGAUCCAUGUUCGGAACCCAACGCCGCUGUCAGCAACGUCAGAGGAAGAUUCAAAAGUGGCGAGGCAAUGGAGGGAGGGAGGUGGGGGGGGGGGGUGAUUGGCUGCCCGGACGGUGGUGGAGGGGGUUCUCGUGUGGGAGGGGAUUUUGGGGAGGGAGGGCGGACGGCGGGAGGUAGUGGGGCAGAGAGUGUGGUGGUAAGCGGCGGGUUACAGUAGGGUUAGGGUUUAGAUAUAAUUUAUAGAGUAAUCAGGUGUGGUAUAUUUUUUAUUUCCAAAAUUAUCCUAAUAUAAUCUUUAUCAUUAAUUUAAAAAUAGAAUAAAGAAGAAAUAAUGAAUGGUUUAGAUUAAGGUAGCCUCUGUGAUUACUAAAAAUUAAGUAACCACGCUAACUCAUCCCGCAGCUACACAAACGUUAGCCAUGUCUUGCAAUUCGCUUGUGUAAUUAUUUUAAUUUAUGUGUUAUUUGUUUGGACUAAUUACUUGUACGUAUUUAUUUUAGACUUUUCUUUCGUAAUUUUUUUUGUGGUUGGAUUUUCAGAAUUAUUAGAGAGUGCAUUCUAUAAUAAAAUAAUUCAAUUAUAAAAGACUAUUGAGAAAAUUUCGAAAUUAAUAGUAAUUCAAUUAUAACAAAGUCUUUAUUUACUAUUACAUAACUAAUAAAAUAAUAUAUUAAGCGCACUUCCCAAUACACACUUUCCUUCCUACUUACCUUCAUAAAACAACAUUUUCCUUCCAAUUUCCUUCACCUCCAAAUCUCCCCUCCCCUCCUAAUUUUCCUUCACCCCCCCCCCCCUCAUUUUCCUCCCUUCCUUCGGAAACAUAGUGUUAAAGAUCAAAAUCGAGGUCUUAAUUCUCUAAAUCUUAUACCCCAAGAUCAAUUUAAUUAGAAACAAUAAUUGAUGGUUAUGAUUCGUCCAAAUAUAGGCAAAAAAAAUCAAUGCACCAUCUUAGGGUUUAUAGUUUAUGAUUUAGAUAAUUAGGACCACAGAUUCACUCAUUAAGAGUUAUGGUAUAGUAUCAUGCCCAAAAAUCCUGCUAAUUCGAUAUCAAGAUAGCAUUUUCGUGCUUAAAGUAUGUGGUACCCCGGAUUUCACCGGGGUACGUAGAAGGCACCACAUAUAUUACAUUGUUAAAACAUGUUAUUAAAUCCAAGCCCAACUCAAAAACAAAAAUCGGAAGAAGCUCGUGUAAGUAAAUUUGAUUAAAUUCA